AUGUUCUCGAACCUUGAAAAAGGAGCAGAGCACAUAUCUGCCCUGACCCUCCUGAUUAUCGGACUCGCCGCUCAACGGCUUCAUGUGGUAAAUGAUCUUGCAGCGUUUGCUAAGCAGCACCAGAUCGAAGAUGUAGGCAUGGCCAAAGUUGUUCGAUCGACCCCCUUUCUGCGCAGCUGCACCUGGAGAGUGACUGUAGCUGCUGCUUUGGCAGCUGCCUUAACCUCUUCUCCGCUGCCCAUCGCGAGAGCCUUUUUGGGCAUCUUUGGAGGUGGGAAAUCAGAGGAACGGAUACCACCAGCGCAGGUGGUGGGCACAGCUUUGCGUUCUUCAGAAGGUCCGAACAAAAGGAGCACAGCUUGGGAGGUUCUGGAUACAACCAGGUUGCCAAAGCAGACGGCCUUGGUCACUGGGGCCAACUCAGGCAUUGGCUAUUAUACUGCUUUGGCCCUUGCAUAUGGCGGGGCACAUGUUCUUCUGGCUUGCCGUGACUCCAGCCGCGGCAAAGCAGCGAAAAAGAGCAUGGAGGAAGCAAUUCGAGCAGCUGGUGCUUCGGCCAGCAUAGAAGUGGUGGAGCUUGACCUCGCUUCGUUGAGCUCCAUCCGCUCGUUCACUCAGAGCUUCCUGCGAGAAGGUCGACCAUUGCAUCUGCUCUGUCUGAACGCAGGCAUCAUGGCCAUCCCAGAAUUCACAACAUCUAAAGACGGGUUCGAGAUGCAGUUUGCAACGAACCACCUGGGCCAUUUUGCGCUAACAAGAGCUCUUAUGAAUAAGCUUGCGGAGUCUGCUCCCGGAAGAGUGGUGACGCUGGCCUCUGAAGCUCACAGAAACCCCAACGAAGCCUACGAUGUUGAUGACUGGCCCCCUGGUGCUGGUAGAUAUGGAGACUGGCGCGCCUAUCAGCAGUCCAAGCUUGCGAACAUCCUCUUUGCUCGUGAGCUCUCCAAACGUCUGGCUCGCAUUCCAGGAGGCGCUCGUGUGAGCUCCAAUGCUGUGCAUCCAGGUGUUAUCUCGACUCCCCUUGGCAGACAGCAAAUGCUGAAAGGAAGCGUGUUACUUGGGGUCCUACAGGACCGCACUGAGGUUCAAGGGGCUGCCACAAGUGUCUACUGUCUGACCGCUCCGCAGAUUGAAGGCAUCACAGGUGAAUACUUCCGGGAUUGUGCUGCAACAAAGCCCUCCAAAUUUGCCACUGAUAGCGAAGCUGCAUGCAGACUCUGGGAACUGUCAGAGGAGCUGCUGAGCAAGUCGGGAUUUCUGGCUGAAGAUGCUGGCAAGUAG